AUGGUGUCGGAGGUGCAGUAUGGCGGGAAGAUCACCGACGACCUCGACCGGCGCAUGUUCAAGACUUACACACAGGUGUGGCUCACCCCGAGCACGUGCGCGGAUAGCUUCACGUACAACCCGCCAAACCCGAUCUUCCGCAUCCCUCAAGACUUCAAGUACACCAUUCCGAGCUCCGAGCAACUGGGCACCUUCAAGGACUUCAUCAAGACCUUCCCGGAGAUCGACACUCCCGAGAUCUUUGGCCUUCACCCGAACGCUGACCUCACCUUCCGAGUGAAGGAGGUCAACGCCCUCUUCGCGACCUUGGGCAACACACAGCCAAAGGGGGGCGGGGGAGGCGGCGGAGCCAGUCGCGAGGACGUGGUUUUCGAGAAGGCCGCCGAGCUCUUGGAGCGGUUGCCGGUGGACUACAUCGAGGAUGACUACAAGGCAAAGCUGCAGAAGCUCGGAGGGCUGGCGGUGCCUCUGAACAUCUUCCUCUUCCAGGAGAUCCAGCGCUUGCAGAAGGUUAUCGCGAAGGUCCGCUCUAUCCUCACGCAGCUGCAGCAGGCCAUCAAGGGGGAGGUGGUCAUGACAGAGGAGCUGCAGGAGACUCUUUACGCUGUGUAUGACGCUAAGGUUCCGAGAUUAUGGGCCUUCACCAUCACCGGCGACGAAUUUUCGUGGAUCUUGCCAACCUUGGGCCUUUGGUUCAGCUCCCUCAUCACGAGGGACGAGCAGGACCGAACAUGGCUCAACAACGGGCGCCCGACUUGCUACUGGCUCACCGGUUUCUUUAACCCACAGGCAAAGGCGUGGGGUAUGCUUACGGCCAUGAAGCAGGAGGUGACUCGCAAACACAAGGCAGAGAAGUGGGCGUUAGACGACGUGGUCUACCACACCGAAGUCACCUCGUAUGAGCGGAUGGAGCAGGUCCGAUCGCCCCCGGCGGAGGGAGUGUACAUCCACGGCCUCUUCUUGGACGGCGCGGCAUGGUCAAAGCAGGAGGGGGUCAUGGUGGAGUCAGAGCCAAAAAAGCUGUUCGUGUCGCUGCCUGUUUUGUUCGUUAGUGCCAACACCAAGAGCGACCAGGUGAAGGUGAAGCGCGAGAUGUUCGGCGCCCAGGGACCUUUUGAGUGUCCGUGUUACAAGUACUCGGCCAGGACAGAUCGCUACAUCAUCUUCAUGGUCAACCUCAAGUGCACUAUGGAGAAGAAUCCGCAGUUCUGGACCCUCAGGGGAACCGCCCUCCUUUGCAACACUGACUGA